GGCGCCCGUGUGAGUGGGUGCGUCAGAUUUCUGUGGGAGAGAAACAGGAACUUAUCUGACAGAAACUUCGCGUUGUUGCGUCAGAUGGUCGCGUUUUCUCACGUGUUUCUAAUGAAGCGGUUCGGUUUUUAUUAAUUUUAUCGUCGCGGGUCAGUGUUGAGGAGGAAGCCGGAGUUCAGGUGCUGUUAGGCGGACACUUUGAAAGACCUGCCCCGGAAACAUGCUGCCGUCCCCGGUCCUGCUCCUCCUGCUCAGCCGGGCUGCUGCUGCCCUGGUUCCGCCUCCGACAAACGUGACGCUGAGCUGCCAGAAUCUCCACGUCGCGGUCAGAUGGGAGUACAGCGAGCAGCGACCGCAAACCAGAUUCAGAGUACGCCUCAUUGGAUCUGAAGGGAGAUACGAGGAGAGAGAAACCCCAGACCACCAGUACGACCUGAGCGACUUCGUCUGGGAGUCCGAAGAGAGCUACAUGGACUUACAUUACGUCACCGUGACAACCGUAGAGGGAGGCAACCAGUCCGAACCAGUAUCAUCCAAAACCUUCUCCUUUAAUGAUCUAAAGACGGUUGGGAUAAAAUGUGAGUUGGACUUCCCCCACGUGGACGUGGAUGCGAAGGACUCGGGCGCCACGGUGAGCUUCAACAACCCCCUCCACUACUACAGCAGGCUGCAGCUCGCUGCCCCGCCCCGCGCUGAAUUCAAGUUCACCGUUAAAGUCUCUUCCAGUGGACAUUUUGACGAGUUUUGCAAGAAGGAACAGGAAAAGUGCAAACUCAACAUCUCGUUUCCGGAGGGGGGGGAGGAGUGCGUCCGCCUGGAGGGACGCUUGUUUGACGAGAACAGUGUCAGCUCUGUGGUGUUCAGACAGACGGGGGACAUCUGCGCCACUCAUUCGACUGAGCUCAGUAUGACGAUCGUGCUCGCUGUAGUGCUGUCCGUCAUCGUCUUCAUUGUAACCACGGUGAUUAUUAUUCUGAUCUGCAAAGCUAGAGCCUGGACGUUGAAGCCGGCCUUGCUGCCCUCGUCUCUGAUGGACUUUGACGCUGCAGCGAACCCCAGGGACGGGGACCAUGGUCCUGUGUCCCGCACACACUACAGUCUGUUGACCGUCGUCCCCGCCGAGCCCUGCAAGACCACGUCGGUCAGCUCCGGGGACGGGGACAGUCUCACCGAGGACCGGCUCACCGAGUACAGCUCCUGCUGCUCGGAGGGAGACCUCGGAGAGGGAUACGGGGGAGGAGGUCUGGAGGAGGAGGAGGAGGAGGAGGAGGAGGAGGAAGAGCCGUCUCCCUACGACCGCCAACACAACCUGCAGGUGGACAUGGGGGACGGGGACAUGGCCACGGGUUACAGCUAGUCCACUUGGGAUUUUUAAAUGCAUGCACGUCUGAUCCAGGAUCAGCCGUCGGUUUCGUGCCUUUUGAGGCUGACUAUGCACGCAGGGACGUUGCCAUGACGACCAGCUGAGAGACACCCCCAGACUUUUUACCAGUCCUUCUGACCCGCAUGUUAAAGGACAAAUCAGGGGACAAAAUGAACCUAUAGGGGUUAGUAAAAACAUGGUUACCAAGGUGACCGUUCUCUGGGAUCUGGGAUCUGGUUUCAUGCUAAUCGAUAACAACAAUGACAAUCGCAACGUUUACGUCAAAAGACAACCGGGGGGGGGGGGUUAUUUUUAAGGAAACGAGAACAUCAAAUCCAAAGAUGUGAGAGACUAUAUACGCUCUUUGUUGUCUUUUAGGAUCGGUGAAAUCCGGUGUUUGUUUCUAUGUACGUGCUGCUGUUAUUCAUGAAGGGAAAGGAGCCAUGUGGUUUUUGUUUUAUCUUUGCCAGCAUUGACUUUUUAUUAUUAUUUUUUUUUAUUUUAAAGGCAGAGUUCAACCAAAUGACACACGGAAAGUAUUGACAUGAUCAGGUAACGUUUUGGCUUCAUUUGCAGAGGUGUGGUUUGGGGUUUCCGCCGCUCCGUUCCAAUCAAAUGAGGAUUUCUUUUUUUUUUUAGGGAAAUAUGAUGUUCACAAAUAAUCCAAACAACACACUGCCAGUGUUCCCAGGGACUAUUUCUUCAAUAGUAAGAAGUUGUAACGAAAGGUGUGUGUGUGUGAGAGAGUGAGAGAGUGUGU